AUGAAGCUGAUUAACAUUCGUUGGGGAUCUUGCCUUUCUGGUCUCAUUGCGAUUACCUAUUUGCUGUGUGCCCUGCUGUAUUUUGGAAAGGAUAUGACCAAUAUACAGCCGUUGGAACCGCGAGCUGUAAGAAACCAGACCAAAGUAGCGCGUACAACUCGCCCCCUUGUGAAAAGCAUCCGCAAUCCAGACUACAAAUCCAGGGAUCAAGUGAUCACCAGUCCGGAACUAAAACCACGUUAUCGAUUUAGCGGCGGUAGAACAGGGGUCAAGUUCGUGAUCGGAGUGCCCACUGUGCUGCGAGCCAAAAGGAAUUAUGUGCUCCAAACGGUGGACUAUUUGAUCCGGCGGAUGAAACCCGAUGAUCGCGAACACGCCUUGAUUGUGAUCUUUGUGGGCGAGACCAGGCUGCAGUUUGCCAGGCAUAUAGUUAAGGAACUGCAGGCUAAUCAUUCGCUGCAUUUGCGAGCCGGUCUCAUCGACGUGAUUGCCCCGCCCCUGAAUUACUAUCCGAACUUCUCGAGACUUCAUAUCACACUGCACGAUGAUCCGCUGCGAGUUCGAUGGCGGACCAAACAGAACCUGGACUACAUAUACCUCAUGUCCUAUGCCCGAACGAAGGGUGCGUACUACCUGCAGCUGGAGGACGACGUGAUGGCCAACAGGGGCUUCAUGGACUACAUCCAGAAGUUUGUCCUGCUGCAUGGCCACUUUCGGCUUGCCCACCAGCCCGACUGGCUGGUGAUGAGUUUCAGCGACUUGGGAUUCAUAGGAAAGCUCUUCCCCGCCGCCGUUCUGCAAUCGUUUGUGGCCUACGUCCGGUUGUUCAGCAAUGACCAGCCCAUCGACUGGCUGCUCCAGAGCUUUGUGACCCUGCAGAGCUGUCGCUGGGACAGUCUUGCCCAUCCGGACUGCCAGAGGGACUACGAAUUCCGGCUAAUUCGAGCCGCACAGUCGCAGUUCCAGCACAUGGGUGCCUUGUCGUCGCUGGCGGAGAAGGUGCAGCACCAAAAGGAUGGCCGGUUCAAUCGCAAUCUUGGCAGACAGCGCAUGCAGCACCUGCGCCAACCGCUCAACCUCAUGGCAUCGCAUCGGAACUCGCUCCUCAAACAUAAUCUGCACCUGGAAAUGGGCGAAACCUUCAUUUGGAUGUAUCUGCCUCAGAUGCCCGAGAUGAUGAAGUAUCUGAUACGGAAUCAGUACAAGAAGUCGCAGAUUCGCAUCCGCAAUGCCAGGGAUACGGCCACAAAUCUGGCCGAGUUCAAUGUGGAUUUGGUGAACGAAUCGCCCACCUUGGAGGCGAAUAGCUCCUCCAGCGAGCGCUAUGGAUUCGUUAUGAGCCACACCGUCCUUGGGUUGGAUAAUACGGACGCCAAUGGCAACCAGCUGCCCUUCAACUACAUGUACUACUACAUCAGGGAGGAACCCGAAGGUCUCACCUGGUUUCGUCGAUUCCUCUGGGCCUCGGCCUCGGCCUCCAGCGGAUCUCAAGGCUGCAAGUCGGGAUCACCAUCGCUUUUAAUACGGAUUGCGUUUUUUGUCUUUAUAUAAGUUUGCUCCAAGAAGAAU